AUGUUGCAGACAGUCGGUGAGUGGCUGUGGUGGGAUCGUCUGUGGCUGCCGGCAAACGUCUCCUGGACGGACCUGGAGGACAGUGAAGGUCGUGUCUACGCUAAAGCCUCUCAACUCUAUGCAGCUCUGCCCUGUGCCCUCUGCCUGCUUCUCGUCAGAUAUGCGUUUGAAAGGUAUCUGGCCACACCACUGGCUGAUGUUUGGGGGAUCAGGGACAGGAUACGUCAGACAGCAGAACCAAACCCCACCUUAGAAAACUACUUCUGCCACCAAGCUCGGGUUCCAACACAGGCUGAAGUGAGGUCACUGUGUAAAAAGACGAGUUGGUCAGAGAGAAGCAUUCAGGUCUGGUUCAGGAGGAGGAGGAACCAGGAGCGACCGGGACUUCGGAAGAGGUUCUGUGAGGCCAGUUGGAGAUGUUCAUUUUAUUUUUUCGCAUUUGUCAGUGGAGUUCUCGCUCUGUAUGAUAAACCUUGGCUUUACAAUCUGAAGGAGGUUUGGGCAGGUUUCCCCAAACAGGAAAGUAUUUCUUCCAUGCUGCUGUCUCAGUACUGGUAUUACCUCCUGGAAAUGGGCUUCUACCUGUCUCUGCUCCUCAGCCUCACAUUUGAUGUGAAGCGGAAAGACUUCAGAGAGCAGGUGAUUCAUCAUAUAGCCACUCUGACUCUUCUGAGUUUCUCCUGGAUUUCCAACUACAUCCGUAUCGGGACCCUCGUGAUGGCAGUUCACGACUCUGCCGACAUUCUGCUGGAGGGGGCAAAAGUAUUCAACUAUGCCAAGUGGCACCAGACUGCGGACGCCAUGUUUGUAGUCUUUACUGUUCUCUUCAUGGCGACAAGACUUGUCAUUUUCCCUUUCUGGCUAAUCCAUUGCACAUGGGUGUACCCUGUGGAGCAGUUCCCUCCCUUCUUUGGCUACUACUUCUUCAACGUCAUGCUGGUGGUUCUGCAGAUGCUGCACCUCUACUGGGCUUUUCUCAUUUCACGAAUGGUUUACAAGUUUAUCUUCGCCAAGCUGGAGGGCGACGACAGGAGUGACGAAGAGGAGUACGACAGUGACUCUCAGAGGGACAUCAACCACAAACUGAGUCACAUUAAUGGCGCUGGAGCCAGAGACAGAGCCAGUGGUCACUGACUAUACAGACAGACAUAUUAAAAAAACAUGUUUUUGAGCACAGAAUAUUGUUUUUAUAGGAACUGUGAAGGAUUAUACAUAGAAUCACUGGACACCGCAUGUUUUCUGAAUUCACUCCAAUUCACUUCAAAACCUCAAGUCAUGUGUGGUUAUGUUCAUGCAUGUUCACAGUCUGUGAGUCCACAGUUUCUUGCAUGAUGAUAAUGAGAAGCAGUGGUGGAAACUAAGUACAUUACAGUACUCAGUGUGUAGGAUUUAGGGGAAUCUGUUGGUAUUAUAUUCAUAAUUCUGUUUAAAUUAGUGUA